AUGUCAGACUGUGUCCACCCGAGAGGUCUGACUCUUCUUCACGCUGUCUUGACGCUGCUCCUCCUCCUUAACCUGUCCUGCCAGCCGGCUGCAGCCCAGAAAGGCAGAAAAAAGGUGGUGCACGUCUCAGAGGAUGACAGCGGGGCCGUCGUGGUGCAGACGGCCCCAGGCAAAGUGGUGACCCAUCGUGGCGGGACAAUCAUCCUUCCCUGCCGCUUUCACUACGACGUGUCGGCCCACGAUCCCGACGAAAUCCGCCUGAAGUGGACCAAGGUGGCGGACCCCAUGUCGUUCGAGGACGUCUUCGUGGCCAUGGGCAAGGAGCGCAGGGCCUUCGGGAGCUACCGGGGCCGCACCGCGCUGCAGGAAGACGACGCCGGGGACGCCUCGCUGAUCAUCCGGAACGUCACCCUGCAGGAUUACGGGCGCUACGAGUGUGAGGUGACCAAUGAGUUGGAAGACGACGCCGGGAUGGUCAAGCUGGACCUGGAAGGUAACGGGAGGCCGGUCGGGGUGAGGGAAACCAAGGGGGUCCUGCCCACCUACCUGAUAGAGGAGAGAUUGGAGGGACAAUCUGGCAACCCUGGGGCCGCCCUCCCUCCCGCCUCUCACCCGCGUCUCCCCUCUCCCCCUUCCCUUUCAGGCAAAGUCUACUUCCUCAAGACCUACCGGAAGCUGAGCUUCCCGGAGGCCGCCCAGGCCUGCAAGAAGAACGGUGCCGCGAUGGCCAAGGUGGGCCAGCUCUACGCCGCGUGGAAGAUCCAGCUCCUGGACAAGUGCGAGGCGGGCUGGGUGAGCGACGGGAGCAUCCGGUACCCCAUCGUCAACCCGCGCUCUCGGUGCGGAGGCCGGGAGGCGGGGGUCCGCAACCUGGGCUUCCCAGACAAGAAGUACAAACUCUUCGGCGUCUACUGCUACAAGGCCGCCGACAGCAUGGACCCCAAGAAGAAGGGGAAAGACGGCCUGGGGAAGUGGAAACCCUUCCAGGUGUAG